AAGAAGAAGAAGAAGAAGAAGAAGAGGAAGAAGACGCAGGAAGGACGGAAGUACGUUCCAGUGUAACACACGCCAGCAAAAUUUGGGUUGGGUGUUUGAAAUAAUAAUUUCUAACACGUUAUAACAUUAUUAGUAAGGUCUCAGCAACAUGGGAGGUGGUGACCUUAACUUGAAAAAGAGUUGGCAUCCGCAAACUCUGAAAAACAUCGAACGAGUGUGGAAAGCAGAGCAGAAACAUGAUGCUGAGAGAAAGAAGAUCGAUGAGUUGCAGAAGGAGCUUAAAGAGGAACGAGCCCGAGAAGAGAUUACCAGAUAUGCUCAAGAGACAGGCGCUGUAAAGAAAAAAGAUGACCGCUUGGACUGGAUGUACCAGGGUCCAGCAGGACAGAUUUCUCGGGAGGAAUACCUUCUUGGUCGCCCCAUCGACAAGCAGAUCACACAGCAGUAUGAGGAACCUGAGAGCGGACCAUCAGCUGAGACAGGACUACUGCCUGGUUCCAUAUUUAACCCUACAAGUUCUGUCUCUACUAAUGAUAUGGCUGUCAAGAUCAGAGAAGACCCUCUUUUUGAGAUCCGCAAACGUGAAGAGGAAAAGAAGAGAGGGGUUCUUACAAAUCCUGUUAAAAUGAAAGAAAUCCAAAAGAUGUUGCGUCAUAAUCUUGAAAAGGAAAAAAAGAGGACACAAAAAAAGAAGAAAAAGGAGAAGGAGAGAAGGAAAGAGAAAAGGCACAGAAAGAGGAGUUCAAGCUGUAAUGAGGAUAUGACAAAGAAUAGGACAAAAGAGAAACGAUCAGAUGUCUCAACCUCUAAUAGACAUCACAAAUCAGGCUAUGGACUUCAAUUACCAGCAAACAGAUCUUCAGUAUCUAACUUCACAGAUCAUGGUUCAAGAGACAGGAGUUGGUCCCCGUUGUCUUAUAAAACAGACAGGGACAAUCACUCCUUUAGAGGGACUGAGCAGAGACCUAAAACCAAAGCCCCCAGCCCAUCAAGACACAGAUACCGCAAUCAAAGACAAUACACUAAUUACAGCAAGCACCUCUCACCUGAAGAGUUGGAAAAGAAGAGAAGGGAAAUGAUGGAUUUUGCCCAUGAAAGAGAAUUGGAAAGGCAAAAUAAUGUGCAGAGGUACAAACGACAAGAGGAACAGGAGAAAGCCAGAGACAGUGCCAAACAGGACCGUCAGGCUGGCUUCAUACAUGACAUGAAACUAGAGAGUGCUGCCACCUCCUCUCUGGAAGACCGUGUGAAGAGAAACAUUCACUCUAUUCAGAGGACCCCUGCUGCUCUGGAGAAGAACUUCAUGAGAAGAUGAGACCAAGAACAUGGAAAAUUUACAUUGGUCUUUUGUAUUAAGGUUUUAAAAUUUGUAGUUUUUAAUUAACAUCAUGAUGCCAGAUCAUGGUUGUAAAUAAAAUGUCCAAAUUACACUUGUUCUCCUUAUGGGCUUUUGUCUUAUCCAACUGACCAACCUGUUCCAAUCAUCAUUAUUGAUGUCUGUAAACUCGGCACAAAAAAGUUCAGGGACUAUGUAUUUCAUUUCAGUAUGUGUAAAACUUUAUUACAGUUUGUCUCAGUUGUUUAACAUAUGUUAAAAGUGGAAAAAGUUGGUCAAAAACAUGCAUUUUUACUAGGGAUGUUCAUUUCAGUAAUUUUUCCUAACCGAUGCUCGUUAACCGAUUAUUAAUGUUAACCAACAAGAUUUUUAAUUAGAUUUGAAUUUCAUUCAAUUAAAUUAGAAAGGUUGUGUCUGUGACCCAUUAAAAAUACUAACAUUUGUUUCCCAAUAA